GAAGCUAUAUAAGCUUUGAUCAACGUUCACUGAGAGUUUAUUCGAAUCUUAGUCCGGUUUUGGUUUAGUUGUGUUUCGUAAUUAUCAGAAUUAAAAAAAAAAACUAAAAUCAUGUCGAAAUUUGUAUUGUUCAGCGUUCUCGUCGUUCUGAUGUCGAUGUACCCAACAACUGAAUCAUUCGGAAUAGUUAGUGUUAAUGUCCAAAAAGAUCCAGCAAUUCUAAAUGCAAUUGGUAGUGCGAUUAGUUCGAAAAUUCAAAGCAUUAACAGCAUCGUGAGCAGUCUUUUGGCAAUCAAGUCAUCAUUCAAAACCGUCAACAUCAAUACAAAUUCUGGAAGCAGCAGCAGUAGUAGUGAUAGCAGCAGUGGAAGUCAAGUGUCCUACAGCACCCUUCCUUUGUACAGGAAGACAAUAAAUGUCAACUACGGAGCUGCUCCAGUUUCGAACACAAUCGAUGCCUCAAGCAGUGAUUCGUCCUCAUCCUCGUCCUCAUCUCCAACAUCAACUAGCUCAGUAGGUGCAGCUGGUCAAACCAUCUUCACAGGAGUCAAAUUGAUUGGAGGAGUCCCAGCUGCCUCCGCAUCUGCCUCUGCUUCAGUGCCAUUGCCAAGCAGUAGUGGUUACGCAUACAGUAAGACCAUUGGUUAAAAUUUAAAUAAUAUAAUAAUUAGCGUGUUGGAUGAAUAAAUAAACUUGGAGUAAUGUACUUUAGUGAUAGAAACUAUUUGUAGAUACAAAUAUUUGAAUAUAAAUGUUAUUUGUCUUUU